AUGCCCCCUAAGCUCUUCGCCGCCGCCGCACUCCUUGCCGCCGUCACCCCCGCCUUCGCCCAGACCUGUAGCACCGGCAUCCUCCAGUGCUGCGAGUUGGUCGAAAAGGCCAGCGACCCCGCUGCGGCCGCGGUCCUCAAGUCCAUUGGCGUCGUCGUGCAGGACGUCGACACGCUCAUCGGCCUGACGUGCUCGCCCAUCACCGUCAUCGGUGUCGGUACCGGAGACUCUUGUUCGGCGAGCACGGUGUGCUGUGACGACAACUCGCACGGCAGCCUCAUCUCCGUCGGCUGUGUCCCGGUUACGGAUUAA